AGGAUGAAGUUCAUCGUCCUUCUAGCAGUCGUCGCUGCAUGUUUCGCAUUCGACAAGGAGUCGAUGCUGAAACACAACAAGAUCAGCAAGGAACCUAUCCCAUCAACAUGUGAUGAAUGCCAAUCGUUGGUACACAGAUUCUCCGAUGCAGCCAGGGACCCGCAGAAGUUAGCUGAACUAAAAAUGUUGUUGAACGUGCUCUGCCACGAGACUUCCUAUGUUGACGAGUGCCGCCUCUUUGUUGCCAAGCUUGACGUCAUCGUCAAGAAACUCGAACCCUACCUGAAGGAUGCUCAUGCUGUCUGCAAGUCAUUCCACAUGUGCUCUAACUCACGCCUCGAAGCAUUCCAUAGAAUCGGAUUGCUCUAUGCCAAGAGACAAUUGAGCAAAGACUUGGUUUGCGACGAAUGCCAGUUUGCUGCCCGUGAAUUGAAAACGAUCGUCGAGGAUAAGGAAAAGCAAAAGGAAAUCCGCGACUUCCUCUCAGAGAAUGUCUGCAAGCACAUCCCUCGUUACCAAGGAAUGUGCGACAUGCUCGUUGAACAGUUCCUUCCUGAGAUGUUCCAGGAGCUUGAUCAAAUGUUGAAGGACCCGAAGACGGCAUGUGCUGAUGUUGGUUUCUGCCCACGUACCGGCCCACCACGCAAGCUGGUAGGAUUCGUCGGUUUCCUGUCACGUCUUUAA